CGCGCGUACUGACCGGAUUUACUACAAGUACUUCUCACUACAUAUCGACUGGACACCGGAUAAAUACACAUUGCUAGGGUGUCUGUCUAUAAGUGCGCCUAAUCAUCACUUCCUACUACUGUAUACAUUUGUAGAUCAACGAUAACACGAACCGAUCUUUUCUUUUAGCAGGACAAUGUUUGGCAACAACAACUCUCGAUCACAAUCUUCCACGGCUACCCGAAGACUGAUGAAGGAGUAUCGUGACUUAACCGCCGAUCCUCUACAAGAUACAAUCACCGCCGGUCCAGUCUCGGAAGAUAACAUGCUAGAAUGGGAAGCUUUGAUCCAAGGUCCAGAGGGCACUCCUUAUGAAGGGGGAGUCUUUGCGGCAAGACUUGUCUUCCCAUCUGAUUAUCCCCUUAACCCUUUCACUAUGACUUUUGAUCCACCCCUCUUGCAUCCCAAUAUCUACCCCAAUGGCCUCGUUUGUAUUUCAAUCCUCCAUCCUCCGGGAGACGAUCCUAUGCAGUAUGAGUCUGCUUCCGAACGGUGGUCUCCCGUACAAGGAGUGAGAAGCGUACUUCUCAGUGUCCUGAGUAUGCUAGCUGAGCCUAACAUUGAAAGUGGUGCAGACAUAGAGUGCUGCAAACUUUACCGGGACAAUAAGCCAGAAUUUGAAAGACGAGUGCGAGAGCAAGUAAAGAAUCUUCUGGGUAUAUAGAAUAUAUCACACCAAACCAACCUAUGUAACAAACUAGUCCUGAGCACUAGACUAGAUCAAUCCGUCUCCUGGUGGUAUCCAGCUCUACGCAUUUCA